UCUGGUCUCUUCUGUAUUGUAUCUUCUUUGCCACUUCGCAUCCUCUGUAGCUUGCUGGAUGUGCUUGAUUGCAAUUUGCGCAUUUUGGUGGCACACUUGCCGGUUUAUCACACUCUUCUUUAAGAUGGCUUUAAGCACAUUUAACACACACUGGUUGCCUAUUACAACAAUGUAUAGUAUGCCCAUAUCUUUGGCACCGUUUGCAUUAGGGUAUCAAUUUUGGGAUUCUCACUGGCUCACUUUGGAUUAUUAGGUUCUGUAAUGUGUUAAUUUCAUAAAUCCUUUUAUUAUCUUCAUCUUUUUUAAAUGUUAACAUGAAUAACGGCAAUGGCUUCUGACUUCUGACCAUAACAUGUGAUUGUGAAUCAAUUAUCUAUAGUAGACCUUUAACUUAUAUUUAUGAAGAUGAAUGCUUAACAACCCUGAAUAUUUAUUCAAGAUAUAGCUACCAACGAUAUACCUAAUAUAGACAGCAUAGACAGAAAUAUUUACAAAAAAUAAGAGACGAUUUCCGAUUCCGAUUUAGAAAACAAUAUCUAUGUGAGCUGGUUACCAAAAAAAAGACAAAAUACCUAAUGGAAAGAGACGUAGUGCACGUUGGAUUAGAGGGAGUUAAGCGUUUGAGGUUGCCCUUAAGGACAAUUCUACAACUGAUCCCCGGAAAAGAUGGAAUCAUACGUGUUGUACGAAUUAAACUGCAAGAUGGAGAAGUUUUACGACUAAUUCAAAAAUUAUAUCCGUUAGAAAUACCUGCUCGCGACGAAUUUAGAGAACGAUUUUCGAAAAACAAGACAUCCCAGAUCAUUGAACAAAAGAAAUGUACUAACCAAGAUACAGAACCAGAGAAGGCACCUAUAAAAGAAACUAGAAAAGUUGUAAUGACAAGAAAGAGGCGCAUUGUGAAAGAACCGCAACGAUUUAAAUCUAGUUAGAAUAUUUGAUGUAACUUUUAGGGGGUGGGAGAAUGUUCGGAUUUUACUGUUCAUAAUUUUUACCUCUCCCAAUAUGUUAAUUACUAUCUUUUGUUUUUACUGUUUUUAUCAUAUCGAAAUGAAAAUUUAGAAAGUCAACAAAAAUAUACCUUUUUUUUUAAACCACAAUUCGAUACACACAAUUCAACGGUAACAAUGUUUAAUAAACACCUAUAGUUAAUGGGUUUCACAUCAUUAAUAAGAGAUACACAUGGUGUUUUAUGGAGUUUGUUCAUUUCAUUCGAAGAUAAUAACUAUAGUAGAAUCGUAAUAGACUGGGA